GUGGGUCUGUCCAAAAAUAUUUUCCUUCUGAAAAAUUCUAACACAAUUUUUCUUCCUCAUAUGCUUAUUUAUACCCCACACACACCGCUUCAUUUCAAACCACAACACAACCUCUCCCCAAUAAUCUAUUCUCAACUCAAGACUUAGUUUGAAACUUAGAACCUCUUUGACUUCAAACAUCACUUGUUUGUUUUCUCAUUACUUUUUAUAGCUCUUAUAAGCUAUAAGUGUUGUAGGUGCUUUUCUUGUGUUACAUAUUUGUGCCAAAACUUGGAGUUUAAUUUCUUGGAUUACAGCAUACACACUAAUUAGGGUGUUGAUUGAGUCUUCAUUUUGAAGCUUAAUUCUAACUUGGGUUGGUUUUGGUUUGUCAUAUAAUUAUAUAAGAUGACUAUGGAAAAAGGUGGCAACAAUAAUCAUCAACACCAACCAUUUGAAGUUUCCAUUGAUACUGCUGGUUCUAAGUGCUUUGAUGAUGAUGGCCGUUUAAAAAGAACUGGAAAUAAAUGGACAGCUAGUGCACACAUAAUAACAGCAGUGAUAGGUUCUGGAGUACUAUCACUUGCAUGGGCUAUAGCCCAACUUGGAUGGGUAGCAGGCCCAGCCAUGAUGAUUCUUUUCUCCUUUGUUACUUACUACACCUCCACUCUUCUCUCUGUUUGUUACCGUACUGGUGACCAACUCAAUGGAAAAAGAAACUACACUUACACUGAUGCUGUUAGAGCAUAUCUUGGUGGCUUUAAGGUCAAGAUUUGUGGAGUUGUUCAAUAUGCUAAUCUUUUUGGGGUUGCCAUUGGUUACACUAUUGCUGCUUCCAUAAGCAUGAUGGCAAUCAAAAGGUCUAAUUGUUUCCAUAGCAGUGGAGGAAAAAAUCCAUGUCACAUGAAUGGAAAUGUUUACAUGAUUUCAUUUGGUAUUGUGGAAAUAUUAUUCUCCCAAAUUCCUGACUUUGAUCAGUUAUGGUGGCUGUCUGCUCUAGCUGCUGUUAUGUCCUUCACAUACUCAACUAUUGGACUUGGCCUUGGUAUUGGUAAAGUUAUAGAAAACAAGGGCAUUAAAGGAAGCCUAACCGGCAUAACUGUUGGUACUGUGACAGAAACUCAAAAAGUUUGGAGAAGCUUCCAAGCUCUUGGUAACAUAGCUUUUGCUUACUCCUACUCAAUGAUCCUCAUUGAAAUUCAGGACACAAUCAAGUCCCCUCCAUCGGAGUCGAAAACAAUGAAGAAAGCUACUUUAAUCAGUGUUAUAGUCACCACAAUUUUCUACAUGCUAUGUGGUUGUUUCGGAUACGCUGCUUUCGGAGACAUAAGUCCCGGAAACCUUCUAACCGGUUUCGGUUUCUAUAACCCUUUCUGGCUCCUCGAUAUAGCCAAUGCUGCAAUAGUCAUCCACUUAGUCGGCGCUUACCAAGUUUACUGCCAACCUCUCUACUCAGUAGUCGAGAAAACCGCAGCUGAAAAAUUCCCAGAUAGCGAUUUCGUCAACAAAGACAUUGAAAUUCCGAUCCCAUGCGUCGCCUCUCCGUUAAAAAUCAACCUCUUUAGAUUGGUUUGGAGGACAAUUUUUGUGAUCAUUACAACAGUAAUAUCAAUGCUUCUACCAUUUUUCAAUGACAUUGUUGGAUUAAUCGGAGCCGUUGGAUUUUGGCCUCUAACUGUGUAUUUUCCAGUGGAAAUGUACAUUGUUCAAAUGAAAAUACCAAAAUGGAGCACAAAAUGGAUUUGUUUACACAUGCUUAGUGCUGCAUGUCUUGUGAUUUCUUUAGCUGCUGCAGCUGGUUCUGUUGCUGGUGUUAUUGCUGAUCUUGGAGUUUAUAAGCCAUUUCAUGCUAUGUACUAAUUAUGUAAAAUUAAUUAGUACUUAGUGUUCAUCAUCAUUAAGGAUUUAAGUAGCAAUAAAAAAGAGAGUUAGUUCUUGCUCAUUUGAAACCUCUAGGAUGAUGGUGUUCUUGUUGAUCUUGUGUAUUUUUUAUGUACUUUUAUGUAAUAUAUCUUAGUAAUUUGCUCUGUAUUAUCAAUUUCCAAUGAGAAAAAUUGAAGAAAUGACACAAAAUCUUUCAAUUUGCAAA